CCCAGGCCCUGCUCUCCAGCACUUAAGAGACCCCGUCCUGGCAACAUGGAGAGGACAGUCCUCUGCCUGAUGGUCAUCUUCUCGGGGACAGUAGCCCAUAAGUCAAGACUUCAAGGGCCAGAUCGCUUCUUGAUUAGAAUGCAUCAACUUAUACAUAUUGUUGAUCAGCUGAACAAUUAUGUGAAUUACUUGGACCCUGAAUUUCUGCCAGCUCCAGAAGAUGUAAAGACGUGCCCUUCAUGCGAUUCUUACGAGAAAAAACCACCCAAAGAAUUCCUAGAAAGACUGAAAUCACUCAUCCAAAAGAUGAUCCAUCAGCAUCUCUUCUAGAGCUCUCAGAGCCCGAAGGUUCCCGAGGACCUCGCUUGAAGCCGGACACUAGACCACACUCUAACACAGCAGUGAGACCCACACCUGGGUAUUCUGAGUGGGGGAUACAGUACAUUAGCAAUGGGGGAAACUCAGAUAAGUGUUCAAAGUCAGGAUGACUUCCCCCCCGAAUCACGAUGCGAUACUUCGGUCUAAUCCACUUGCUGUGGUUGGUCAACUUGAAAAAACUUUCUACUGAAUCAGUCUGAUUUCCUAUGUUAUGGACUUCCAUGACUUCUAAAGUUGUUACUU